AAGGAGUUUUAAAAAUUAAGGCAUGCUUAUUAUAAUGAAGUCCAUUAAAUUUCUAGAUAAAGAAAGCGCAGAGCAGCUUUUCUUUCCUCCCCGCAACCCAUCCCCUCCUUCACUUCCUUCGGCUCCCCUUCCGUCCAUUAUUCUGCCCCAGACAUGAUCUCCUCUUCCUACAACUCUGUCGCAGCUUCCGCCUCGUCAAGGAAAAAGCCGAGGUCUGGCCUUCAAUUGCCGCAGGAGUCCAAGUGGAGAAGCGGAGCCCAGCAGCAAAUCUACGGCCGCCGGCUCCUCGAAGCCCUACGGGCUACCCGCGGCGGAGGUGCGGGGGGCACACCGCCAGCAGGCCCACAGGCGUUCAAGGACGCGGCUUAUUCAGCCCUUGCCCUUACUGCCCGAGGCCAGUCCCGAUGGAGCCGCUCCCUCCUCUUCGGCCGUUGCCGCCGUCGGGAAUUGCUCCUCAAGGCCGGUGGUAAGGUCAGGCGACGGCGGCCUCCGCGUCCGCUGCGUAAGAUUAUGGCUGGGGCGGCGCUUGAACCGCCGCCGGCUCUGAAGGGUAAGAAGGUUAGGGAUCGCCUCCGCCUCUUGUCGAAGCUCAUCCCCGGCUGCCGGAAGCUAUCCACCCCGAUCCUUCUGGAAGAAACGGCGGACUACGUGGCUGCGCUCGAGAUGCAGGUGAAGACGAUGCGAGCGCUUACGGAUGCUCUGUCGGCUGCGGCCCUUUCCUCGCCGACCGUCGAAUCUGCUCCAGCUGCAGAGAGUUGAAUGAGGAAUUUGGUAAUUUGUGUUAAAUCGAGUAUUAAAAUUUUAUAUUUGAAGAUUUGUAGAAGUUUGUUUUAUCACUUCUCUUUCUCGUCAUAUUGAUGUAAAUUUGACUCUUUUGUAUAUGCCAUUUGUGAUUGUUCUUCCAUCUAACCAAAAUCAUUAUGGUAUCUAUAAUUUGUCUUUCUAAUU